GUUCACACACACUGCCCCUGGUUUCUUCACUCUCUUUGCUGAUUCCCCAUAUAAAAACCUCUUUUCUCACUUUUAUGUUAUUUACUUCUCUCCGCGUCAGUGUGUGAUCUUUCUUCUUCUUCUUCUUCUUCUUCUUCUUCUUCUUGUUGGUUACAAAAAUCAAUUUCUGCUAUUAGGGUUUGAAAUGUGGAGGGAGAAUGGAACACUCUGAAGAAAUCGAUUUAGCUGCUACUGUUUCCAACGCCGAAGAACCCCAACUGGGUUCUGAGGUUCAACAAUCUUCACCAGUUGAUCAUCAUUCUCCACCGUCAGAUCUCAAUCAAACGGUUCAAAAGAAUGAUGAUGAACUUGCUGUGGAGCUUCAUGAGAAGUUGGAUUUGAAGGUUGAAGAUGAAGGGGUUGUUGAAACUGAUGAUAAAGUUUCGAACUUUAACGAUGGUGGAGUAGUUUCUGAUGAAAGGGGCUCUGAAACUGAGGAUAAAGUUUUGAACUUUGAUGAUGAUGAACGAGUUGGUGAUGAAAGGGGUGCUGAAAUUGAGGAUAAAGUUUCAAACUUUGAUGAUGGUGAACGAGUUGGUGACGAAGAAUCUCUGAAAGGUGAAAAGGUCGAUGAAGAAGAAUCUGUGAAGGGUGAAAAUGAAGAAUUUGUUGAGGGUGAAGAAAGGGUUGAUGUUGAUGGAGAUAGCAAAGGUUGGGAUACUAAUAGUUGGAAUGAGAAUGUGAAUGAAGAACUUGGUGGUGGUAGAGAUGCUGAUGAUUGGGGUUAUGGUGUCGGUAAUGGUGGUGGUGCUGGUUAUGGUUAUGGUGCUGGAUAUGGGGAUGGUUAUGGUGAUGGUUAUGGCUAUGGUGAUGAGAAGGAAGAGAAAAGCAGUGAUGGAACUCAUCAAUUCCCUUUGAGGCCUGAAGCUGAAGAUUGUUCAUUUUAUAUGAAGACUGGGAGUUGCAAGUUUGGAUUCAACUGCAAAUUUAAUCACCCCAUUAGGAGGAAAAACCAAAACCAGGCUGUUAGGGAGAAGGUGCGAGAAAGAGAAGAACCAGAAGAGAACGCAGGCCAGACAGAAUGCAAGUAUUAUCAAAGGUCUGGAGGUUGUAAGUUUGGAAAAGCUUGUAAGUACAACCACUCAAGAGGGUUCACAGCACCAAUUUCAGAACUUAACUUUCUCGGCUUACCUAUUCGUCUGGGAGAGAGAGAGUGCCCCUAUUACAUGCGCACUGGCUCUUGUAAGUUUGGAUCGAACUGUAGGUUUAAUCAUCCUGAUCCUACAACUGUCGGAGGAUCUGAUCCUCAAUCAGGGUAUGGUAAUGGAGGGUCCGUUUCACUACGAGGUGUAUCACAACAACCUGUCGCCUCAUGGUCUUCAAGAAAGUUAAAUGAAACACCUUUUGCUCCAUUGAUGCCUACGCCUACUCAAGGACUUGCUCCCCAAACUUCUGAUUGGAAUGGAUAUCAGGCACCUGCCUACUUAUCAGAGAGGAUCAUGCAUCCAUCUUCUACUUAUGUCAUGAACAACCCAACAAUUGACACAAAUGUUUACAUGCACCAUCAAAAGCAGAUGCCAUUUGAAGUGUUUCCAGAAAGGCCUGGUGAACCUGAAUGCAGUUUCUUCAUUAAAACUGGGGAUUGCAAGUUCAAAUCUAAUUGUAAAUUUCACCAUCCAAAGAAUCGGGUUGCAAAGUUGCCUCCUUGCAACCUUAGUGACAAGGGCCUGCCUUUGAGACCUGACCAGAGUGUCUGCUCGCACUAUAGUCGUUAUGGAAUUUGCAAAUUUGGGCCAGCUUGUAGAUUUGACCACCCAGAAAGCGCACUUCCCCUAAUGAUGCCUGGACUCGGACAGCAAUCCUUUGCAAACUCAGCUAAUGCUCAGGUGGCUGGGAUGGGUGGAAGUGCAAGUGAUGCGACAAUUCAACAAUCUGUCUAAAAGCCUUUGUCAAGGAUCUUCUAUCUUUUUGGAUACAAUCAGACCCAGAACCUCUAGUUUUUUUUCUUCCUAAACAUGAUACAUUUAUUUAACUUUAUGGCUCUGUGCAAUGCUAAAUACAAGCUUUGCAGAGAAUAUCAAUAUCUAUAUAUGUCAGACAAAUCUCUUAUGUAUUUAUUACAGGUUACAUCUGCAUCUGCAGAUUGAUUAUCUGUUAUUUCUGGUUCCUUUGGAUUAAAGUUAACCGGUUUGGAUGGUUGUGAAUGUUGCUUUCUUGUUCAA